AUGCCCACCACCACCCCAACCCCGCACACCCCCAAAUCCGGCGAGGUCUUCACACACAUCAUCGACACCCUCAACGAUCAAUUCUCCCUUGAAAUCCCCAACCCCCGCGUCUUCUCCCCAGGUCAAAACAAAACGCUUUACCAAACCGUCCCGUGGCGCAUCUACAACGGGCUCAAGCGGCUCUAUUACCACAAACAAGUCGACCUGAACAAACUGCUCAAUAGCUUCGAGGAGUGGGUUUGUUCAAGGAAUGCCAAGGAUGCCGUUGCAAUUUUGGCGAGACGGCAGCGUGGUGCUUCUGCGCCGCUGAGGGCAACCAUUGCGAUCACGGAGAAGGAGGAACGCUUGGCAUAUCUCGCGAGGCUGGUUGCGGACGAGCUUUAUCUUUUGGAUAACGGAUUUUACCCCGCCAUCCGGGAGGUUUCUGCGCCUUCGACUGUGGUGAAGGCGAAGGGGAACUCGGAAUUGCGCUCGAACGGGAAUUCGAAUGCCUGUGACAUUGCAAGAGGUAAUAAGCAUCGCUCUCCGGAGAGGCCGUUGAAGAGGAGGUUAUCUGCUAGUGUUAGUGGUGAGGAAUCCCACUCAUCGGAUGAGUUCCAUACGGCGCCGAAUUCGCCGGUCAAAGGUUUCAAUGCUGAUGGGGUAGAAUCUUUUGAUGAUCAUGACUAUGACUAUGACUUGAAUGCGCAUCAAGUAGCUAAGAAGAAGACUGCGGGGGUUCUGAAGAAUGGCGCGUCGAGCUCUAGCUUUGUGGACCGGUUGACUGGGGCAUCUGAAAAGUCCAUGCGGUAUGAUGCUGUGACUACUGCUCAGAAUCGUGCCAAUUUCAGCUUUUCGACGUUCACUGCUACUGCGGAUGCGCCGCCAUCUUAUCUGAUAGAUUCUCGAAUUGGAGGCUUCCAAAAAUCUUUCGAUACGACGGUUACAUUCACGGACUCGGGUUCGACGUACGAUGAUUCGGUUGUGGCGCAUAUGCUUAGCGAGGAGGCAACGAUGCCCUUUACGUCUACCGGGGGUUCAUCCGAAAUGCCACGUUACUCGGCUGAAGGGGAGAUUGUGACAGCGCUUCUUCAGGACGGGCCAUUUUCGCUCAAACAUACCCUGCCCGGCACGAUUCCUCUUUUGUACCGCUAUGAGUUGGAAAGAAUAGGCAGGGCCUGGGACGUUCCUUUAAACCGCAUGCUGGCCGGGGAUAGCAUCUCACUGCGAUACGAUGAAUUCUGGAAAUGGAUCGAAGGGCACGGUCAACGAGACGGGAAAUCAAUUCCCGAAAAGCCAACUCGUAAGGCCUGGGAAGCUGCUGCUGGCGGGACCUUCAGAACAGACAAGCUUUCCGAAGCAGUCGUCCUUACAGGAGAUCUUGACUGGUGCGACAAAUCCGAGCCGGGCGUGCUCAAGUUGACUUUGAAGCCUUUGAAAACAGAAAGAUCAUGUCGCUUCCACCGCCGUUUCGGAUCUGACCGUUUCCUCAGUCUGACGCUGCCCGCACCAAGCAGACCUCCAAAUCACCUUCGGCUUCCCAAAAACCCCGCUCUCCUGCGGGAAAGCAUCGCCUUAUGGCUGGCCCAAACCACACACGAAUGCGUAGGAAGGACAUGGAGGCCUUUUUACGUGGAGGAGGUAAAGCAAAAGCGGAAGAUACGAACUGAGCCAAAAUUCAGAGUCGAGUUCUUCGCCGUCGACGGCAUUGACUUUGUAGGUCGGUUUAGCCCAUCAUUUGAUGAUACAUCGCAUCGAACCUCCGCAAAAAGCGAGACUGCGGGCAGCCACACUCCAAUGUCUCUAGCGUCCCUACUGGAAUGGCAUUUAUCGCCGCAGGCAAAUAAGGGCCAGACUAACCUCAAGCUGUUUCAAAGAAUGUCACUUGGUCUGUCCAAGACGUACGCCACGGUUGCUUUGAAGCCAAAACAAGUUUUCUAUCUGCGUGAUGAACCGAAUCACCGUGUCAUGAACGACGGGUGUGCUUUAAUGUCUCGGACGCUUGCCAAUCAGAUCUGUGAUGCCCUUGGAAUCGCCGGUAAUACCCCAAGCGCGUUCCAGGGGAGAAUUGCUGGGGCCAAAGGGCUAUGGAUGGUCGAUGCGCAUCAGUCGCAGAUCACAACUGAUGAUGAUAUCUGGAUUCAGAUAUCCGAUUCACAACUGAAGAUUCAUCCUCAUCCCCGCAAAUGGAAGGGGCCAAUAGACGACGAGAAGCUGACUUUUGAGGUUGUAAAAUGGUCCAAACCUCCGCAUCCUGUAGAUCUGAAUAUCCAGCUUCUAGCAAUCUUGGACCACGGCGGGCACGUUAAGGAUUACGUCGCCGAUCUCGCUCGGAAAGGCAUCCAGGCCGUGGCCGGCGAUUUUGAAGAGGUCCUCAAAUCUAACAGCCCAGUCCUUUGCCGCAGUCUUGCGCAGAAAAUACGACCGACAUCGGACGCCGUCGCUGGGAACAUGAUGCAGCAGAGUAUGAGACGCUUGGAGCAAUGGAUGACCGACGACGUUGAGGCCAUUGUCCGAUUCUCCGAAGCUGGCUUUGCACCUCGAGACUUUUAUCCACUGCGGAAACGUCUCGGGCGUUGCUUGAGGGAUCUACUGGCGCGAUAUGUAGAAGAGCUGCGCAUUGAAGUACCGCUAUCCACAUAUGCCUUUUGCAUUGCUGAUCCUUAUGGGGUUUUAAAGGAAGAUGAAGUGCAUUUUGGCCUUUCGAACAACUGGCGAGAUGACCAUGGCCAGUUUGAAGAUAAUUUGUUAGACGGCAUAGACGUGCUCGUUGGGCGUCUUCCAGCUCAUCUCCCCUCAGAUAUUCAGCGUCGACGGGCGGUUUGGAAGCCCGAGCUUCGUCACUUCAAGGAUGUUAUAGUCUUUCCCACAACAGGGGACCAUCCCUUAGCAGAUAUGCUAUCGGGCGGCGACUAUGACGGUGACACGCCCUGGAUUUGUUGGGACCAGCACAUUGUUCGGAGCUUUCACAACUCGCAACCACCCAGCGGGACCGAGAACUAUCCACCGGACUAUUUCGGGCUCAGCAAGCAUUCUGUGCCAAUGGAGGAAAUCCAGUCAAUGGACGAAUUUCUCGAAAGUUCGUUCGCCUUCAACCUGACAUUGUCCAACCUGGGGCGAUGCACAGUGGAGCACGAAAAGCUGUCAUACGAUGAAUCGAUCGACUCGACGCACGCAAAAGAGCUCUCCAUCCUACUCAGUCAUCUCGUUGACGGGCGUAAAGCCGGUGUGCACUUGUCUGAGGAUGCUUGGCAGAAAUAUCGCAAAAAGAUCAGCCCACGGGUCAGGGAAUUGCCAGCGUAUAAAAACCCGGAACGCAAACCGCGGCGAAACAACAUUAUCGACUAUAUCCGAUUUGUGGUUUCCCGUGAUGCACGAAACGAGGUGUUGACCAAGUUGCAGAAGGCUUUCCCUCAGGAAGAAAACAGUCAUACUAGGGAUCCGGAUCUUGUUCAGCCGUGGAACGAUGUUUGCGAGAAGGCGAAGGCAGAGAAGGCCAAAAUCGAAAAAUCGAAGAACCAGAGACAUAAUGAUGACGAAUCAUUGUAUGCAGUUUUAAAGGCCAUUACCCGUGAGGUUGACAAGUUUCAACGCAAGUGGAACGAUUCCAUUAGCAGAUGCGGCGGUUCGUUCUCACCCCAGGCUGACGAGGCAGCGGAGCAAGCUCGAGCAUUGCGCCCUCCAACUAUAGGGAAUCACCCGAUCAUCCACGUCUGGAGGCAUAGUCAGUCGGCGUGGUUCGAGCUGCUGGCCUCGUACGCGUACAGGAAAGCACCAUCGUCGAGUUUUGUCCUCCAUGCCUUCGGCGAAUAUCUGUGCCAGAUCAAGAGCAGAACGGUUCCGUCGAGGACCGUGACACAUGAGACCCUUGCCUGUUAUCGGGUUAAUAAGAAGGUCAUUGCUCGCCUGCAGGUUCAGGACGGGGCUGAAGAAGAGGAGAAUGACGGGGACGAAUAUGAGGGCCAUGAAGCUAUUGAAGCGAUGUUAUACGGAACGCCAACGACGGGAGUUGGCGGAUAUUACGACCCUGAUGAUCAGAUGUCUGUAGAGUGA